AUGGCGAAUUAUAAUAUAGGCCUUAUGAGUUUGGAUGGAGACAUGGAUGAAUUUGGCAAUUUGAUGAUGUCCGAAUCGAGAUUUCCACUUCAACUUACAGAUGAGGAGUACGACGAAGUUAAGACUAAAAUUUCUUCAGAUCUUCGAAUUGGUAGUUCCUUUCAAAUCGGCGAAAAAAUGUCUUUCGAAUCGGCCUUCGAGGCUACUAAAAACCGUAAACCGCAUUUUGAAUCUAAUAGAUAUGUAAAUCACACCCGAAUUGGUAAAGCACCAAUAAUAACGCCAACACAUUUGCUAUUCUCAAGAGAGUAUGGCCUAUUUCGUUCAACGUCCCAUCACUAUGGAUUAUACAAUAUUUGUCCGCAGAAUUAUUUCUCUUCCUCAAGAGCUGACUAUUGUUUUCGAAGAUGGCCUCCAAAGCAGGACUUUAAAAGCCAUUUAAUGGGCAACCCUUGGUCUGUAGCAUCUCUUAGAUUAUCUGGUGUAUAUGAAUAUCAUUAUGGUUGUGUCAACGCAAUAACCUUCAACUCUUCAGGACAACUUAUCGCUUCUGGUUCUGAUGAUCGACAUGUUGCUAUAAUGAAUACUUUUACUGGUGAUUUGAUAACUCGUUACAAAACGGGGCAUUCGCGAAAUGUCUUUCAAGUACGUUUAUCUAAUGGAAUCUUUGCUUAUUCAUCUACCUUUUUUAAUAUCAGCUUUGUUUAUUUACCUAUUAUUUCUUGUAAGGUCGGUAACGUUUGUCAGUUAGGGCUUGACAUUUAG